CCCCGGUAAUCCAGCCCCUGUCUAAUCCGGCACCCCCUGUAAUCCGACAAGUCUAUUGUUGUUGAAUUUACUAUGACUUACAUAGUGAAGUACCUAUGAUUUGUACUCCAGAGUAUGUAUAAGAUAUAGAAUCUUAUCAUUGGAUCUUUAAUUUGUCGGAUCACAAGGUACUGUUUUGUAAAAAAGCCGGACUAUAGGGGGUCUUAGGCAGUACUCUAUAAUCCGACAAAUUCGAUAGUUCGACACUGCCCUGCAAAACGUUUGUCGGAUUACCGGGAGUCCACUGUAUAGGGAUUAUGUACAUAUAUAAGGGAUUAUGCCAUUGUUUGUGUGGUUGAAUUGAACGAAAGUCGAAAGCUCUAAUCUAAAAGUAACAAUUUAAUUGGCUAAUUGAUCGAUUACAAGACAUCAUAUUACAAUGAUAAACCGCACAAAACACCAACUAACAAGUAAUAUGGUGGUGACAUCGCUGGGCCCUGACCACUGUGACUUACACAUACUAGAACAUCUCUCAGAAGACAACCAGGAAGAAUCGGAGGAAAGCAGACUAGAAGGUAUCAUGAAAAUUGAAGGAAAUGAUGAGUCCACGUCGGCUGAUGAAGACAUGGAAAUGGAGAAUGAAGAUGACAAAAAUUUCAUUGAUUUUGUUGAGCAUCCAGUAAAGUACGAAAGUGCUCCCUUCCAAUGUGCAUGUUGUUGGGAGGAGUUUGUCCAUGAACAUGCGUACAUGCAACAUAUGAGCAAGCAUGUCCAGCAAGGUGACGGUGCUGGUGAAUGUGAGACGUCACAAGUAUGCAAGCCUCAUACAGCUGUGAGCCCCAGCUCUGCACACUCUGCACUCAGCACUGAGAACAAGCUGGCAGACUUCAGCCCUUCUGCACAUUCUACUCAAACCUUAGUCGCCCCCCUACCCGCGAGUCUUGCGACAAAUAACGAGAUACAAGUGCCCCCAACUGAAGAAGCCGAUACAAACGUCAGUUGCCGCUACAACAGAUUAACAGAUUGUUUUGUCAAAUUAUACGAUGUUUUCUCUAAGAAAGUUGUACCAAGACAAGACGGAAAAGCUGUUAGGUUUUGUGUGAGUCAGAACAUUGCAUCCAAAGAUACAGGUUCUCAGGCAACAAGUGAGAAUGAAGUCUCUACAACAGAAUACGUUGGACCUGUCACGAAUAAAGUAAAAGUAAUCGAAUCAAAAACUUUACAAAAUAAAACUGAUUGUUUGAAGAAUGUCAUUGAUAUACAAUGUUUGUUACAGAGUAGUUCACACACGGAGGGAAAAUGUUUCAUUUGUGAUAUUUGUAGAAAAAUGUUUAAACGAAAAAGUCUCUUAGUUAAACACAUAAAGACUCACGCUGAAGUAAGAUGGCUCACUUGCAAGAUUUGCCAGUACAAAUGUAAAUAUCAAAGUCAUUUGAAGCGUCAUAUGAGAACCCACACUGGUGACAAGCCAUACUCCUGCAAGAUAUGCGAGUACAAAUGUGCACAUAGAUCUAAUCUAAUGAAUCAUACGAAAAUUCACCAUGGUAUAAAAAAUUUCUCGUGUAAGUUAUGUGAUUACAAAAGUGCACAUAAUAGUAAUCUAGUGAAGCACAUGAGAACCCACACUGGCGAAAAGCCAUAUUCAUGUGAGAUAUGCGAGUACAAAUGUUCACUAAGAGGUAGUCUAAUGAAGCAUAUGAGAAUUCACACUGGUAUAAAACCUUUCACGUGUAAAAUAUGCCAUUACAAAUGUGUACAAAAUGGCACUCUAGUGAGUCACAUGAGAACUCACACGGGUGAAAAGCCAUACUCCUGCAAGAUAUGCGAGUUCAAAUGUGCACAUAGCACUAGUCUAAUGAAGCAUAUGAGAAUACACACUGGUAUAAAACCUUUCAUGUGUAAAAUAUGCCAUUACAAAUGUGCACAUAAUGGCAAUCUAGUGACGCACAUGAGAACCCACACGGGUGACCAACCAUAUUCAUGUGGGAUAUGCGAGUACAAGUGUUCACAAAGUAGUAAUCUAAUGCAGCAUAUGAGAAUACACACUGGUAUAAAAAAUUACUUGUGUAAGUUAUGCGAUUACAAAUGUGCACAUAAUAGUAAUCUAGUGACGCACAUGAGAACUCACACUGGUGAAAAGCCAUACUCCUGCAAUAUAUGCGAGUUCAAAUGUGCACAAAGUAAAGAUUUAAAGACGCACAUGAGAACUCACACGGGUGAAAAGCCAUACUCCUGUAAGAUAUGCGAGUUCAAAUGUGCACAUAGAACUAGUCUAAUGCAGCAUAUGAGAAUACACACUGGUUUAAAACCUUUCACAUGUAAAAUAUGCCAUUACAAAUGUGCACAUAAUGGCAAUCUAGUGACGCAUAUGAGAACCCACACUGGUGACAAGCCAUAUUCAUGUGAGAUAUGCGAGUACAAGUGUUCACAAAGAAGUAGUCUAAUGCGGCAUAUGAGAAUACACACUGGUAUAAAAAAUUUCUUGUGUAAGUUAUGCGAUUACAAAUGUGCACAUAAUAGUAAUCUAGUGAGGCACAUGAGAACCCACACUGGUGAAAAGCCAUACUCCUGUAAGAUAUGCGAGUUCAAAUGUGCACAUAAAACUAGUCUAAUGAGGCAUAUGAGAGCUCACACUGCCGCUGGUGAAACGCCUUCAUCAAGUUCGUGAGCCGCACGCCUCACUCCGCCGCCGGAGAAUGCUCAGGAGAUAGACUGUACAACAGACUGUGUGUAGUGUGCUUUGUGUAGAGUGUAUCUUGGAGGAUGACGCGCCCGCUUUGGGAUGUCCUGACAUUAAUUAAGACACUGCAUGUUAUUACGAUUAAUUAUAUUAUUGUUCAUCAUCA